AUGCAAACGAUUGAGGCUAAUUUUCAAAUCAUUUACCAAUGGAAUAUAGUCCAAGAAGAUCAAUCCGACAUAAUUAAAGUUAUCAUUGAUUUUCCAGAAUCAUUCAAGCCAGAUUCAAUUACAUACGAACUUUUAGAACAAAAUACUAUCUUCAGAGCAUUUUUUAAUCCGGAAUUACCAAUAAUUGAAGGUCUCCUUUACUCCCCUGUUAAAUCAUUCGAUACUCAUAUAGAAAAAAAUCAAAUCAUUAUUACUUUUGUGAAGAAUGAUGAUACUAAAUGGCCAACCCUUAUGAGAGACAAAAAUCCCAUUACAAAUAAGAUUGAUCCUAAUUCAGCUUUUGCUAUUUUCAAAGACCAAGUUGAAAUCUCAGAGGAUACAGAAAAACUCGAAAGUUUCUUCUCGCAUUCGAUGGCAUGCGGAUAUCUACCAGCAUUGAUGUAUGCUCUUGACAUGAUGGAAGAUGAUCCAACUUUAAAAGACAGUUAUUUACAAAUCCUUGAUCUUGCAGCUCAUAAGUAUCAACAUCCAGUUGCAUUAUUCAAAUAUGCUACUUAUCUAGUUGAUAAUGGUCAGAAAGAAGAAGGAUUCAAAUAUUUAUCAUUAGCUGCUCAAAAAGGUGUUGGAAUCGCAAUAUCUCUUAUGGGACAGAUGAUCUCACCACUCUCUGGUAUUGAAUUUUCAGAAAAAGAUCCCGUAAGUGCUCUCCAACUUUUUGAAAAAGUAAUUGGAAUAAAGGACGAGCCAAUUGCUUUGUAUGAGGCCGCCAAGCUAUAUAAAGCAGGUGUUGGCUGUGAGAAAGACAUAGAAAAAGCUAAUAAUUAUUACCAACGUGCUAAAGCUGUUUCUCAUGAUUUACCAGACUUACCAGAUUACAAAGAAGGUGUUACAAUUCUUGGAGUACCAGUGUUUAUUGCUGCAGGUGUUUCAGUCGCAGUAAUUACAGCAGGAACAUUUAUUUAUUCAUUAUUUAAGAGAUCUCGCAAUUAG